CGCUUUGGAGCGUAGCAACGGCCGCGCGCCGCGGGACCCGGGUGUUGCGCCACGGGGCCGCGUGCUAUCACCGUCUGCGAUAUUCGCGUGCGCGCGAGGAGCCAGCAACAGCUCGCCGCGGCCAGUGACAACAUUUAUUUUCGAUACGAUCGCGAAGGGACGGUGGAGGAGCGAGAGAACGAGAGAGAGAGAGAGAGAGAGAGACGGCGAGUAGGAGGGAGUGAGACGGAGGGAGCUCAGUCCCCCGACUGCUGCAACGCGAACUGCGGGCUGCCCGUGGAUGCGCGACCGAGAUAGCUAGUGUGAACAGGUUUUGGAUAAACUCGCUCGUCGGAAAACAAGAAAGAUGGUGUCGACACGCCAGUCGAGUAACAUGGGGAGCAGCGGUGGCAGUGGACCAGUUGGCGAGGUGGAAGUAAACUCGUUGAAAAAGCACCAUUCUGUAACAGCUGGCACGUCCAACAACGGGGCUGCCAUCGAAUCACGCAAUCUGAAUCUCCUGGAUUUGCCUGUCGAGAUCCUCGAGAAGAUCCUCGGCUAUCUAGACUUCAAUAAGAUAGCCCACAUGCGGCUGGUUUGCCAUCAACUGGACCGCGUUAGUGGAUCAAUACUGAACUCCACGUUUCAGAAGCUACAGGCUCAAAUGCUGAGUCGCUUUCAGGCUAUCAAAGCGCAAAUGCCCAGACGCGAGUCCGCGCGCCGGAAUCACCCGUUAGCGUGCGAAUCGGAUAUUAUAGAGACUCUGCAUAUGCGGCUCACCCUGCUGCAAAUGAGUUUUGGCAAGCACAUUGAGCGGAAGCAUUGCUGCUUCUUUCCCGGCGAGAUAUUAGAUGAAGUUUAUCGCAUUCUCCACUACAUAAAAGUUACUCCGAAAUUACAAAGACCUUACAAAGUCACAGAUGAAUUAUUUGAUCUGAGUACUAUGGCUAUGGAAUAUUUUAAGGAGCACAUUGAACCAACAUUACCAGAAAUACCUUACUUCGGUGCCGACUUUCUGGAUCUUGCAGGAACAUUCUCCUCUUCUAGUAGCGUGAGUAAACCAUUUAUGUGCCUGGAUUCCGCGCCCAUAUCCAUCGGAAAUGGAAAAACGGGCAAUGCUGGCGAAGAGGAAGGGUCUUCGUCGCAUUGUUCAGACGAUCCUGCUCUCUUGGAAUCCACUGUGUCGCCGCCACAGUCGAAUAUGGUCUUGCGAAAGCGGAUUCGCAAGAUCAAACAGGGCAUGAAACGAUACAACAGUCAGCUAACAUUGAUGCGCAGGGAUUUGAAGAGUUGCAAGGCGAAAAUUGCGGAUCAACAGAAACAAAUUGUGGAAUACGCUACUCGAUUGGAUGAUAACGACAAAAAGAAUGAAGAGACUUCGCGAAAAUUCAGCACACUCCUACAGGAAUUGAACAAGUGUAAAACCGAAUUACAAUAUUGGCGCUCCAAGUCACCGGCAAUACCAGUGUGCGUAGGUUGUGGUCAGUCAAUGCCAGUCCCUACAGAGGAUUUACAAGCUUUAGCCAAUCAGGGAGUGCUACCGGAUGCGUUUGGCGAAGGGCACGACUUCAUUCCGAUCGCGGAUGCCCACAGUCCCACCGAAGUGGUACAGCAAUCUGUAGUUACGCAAUCUCCGUCGACGCCGACGGUCGACAUGGCACCCCCAAAGGCUCCUGUGCCUUCGAUAUCCCUCAAACGGAAACCUACCGCAGAGGAAACGUCGGGCGAUGCCGCGAAAAAAUCACGUCGCACUGCCAAGUCUCGUCAGGCUAAGCGCUCAAAGAUAUAAAUUGAUAACACUGAUCAUGGUACAAAUAUUCAACCAGUCUUUAAUAGGUUUCCGAAAAUAGGAGACUUUCUAUGAUGGUUUACGCGCGUUUCUUUAUGUCAGCAAGCCGAUAUGAUCUUAGAAGAGUACAAAAUUCCUAACCGAACGUCCUGCAUCUCGCGCAACGAAUCUGGUUUGAAAAAUUUUAGCCGUAUCGAUUGCCGCGAUUGUCAUCGCUAGUUGAUUUUUCAAUUACUUCAUGGACUUAUUGUCGCCGGAAUACGACGCACUUCGAUAAAUAUUCUAAAAAAGCCUAGCUGAUCAUUCGCUUUGCUCGUAAAGCAACGUCUAAUUAUACUUUCUCAAAUUCUUAUUAGAAUUUAUUCGUUUUUUUAAUUGUCAUUGCCGCGAUACAUUUUAAUAUGACAUAAGAUUAAAAUCAUGUCUGUCAUGUUUGUCUUUGUCAUGCAUUUAACAGCGGUAUCGUACGAAAGAACGUACUAUAAGUAACGUAGCGACGAGCACUUCCAUUUUGCUCUUUGAUCAAAAAUUUGCAAUGACUCUUAUCUUAUUUCUAAAGUAAUAUCCAUGCUAGAAUGGAUUGAUAGGAUAUCGCGUCUUCAACAUGUUGAUCGAGUAGAACAAUACGGGAAUAGAGAAAACAUUGAAAUUUCAUAAAGCAAAAUUUACGCAAAUCGAAUUGGUGCAAACCAAGUAAUUUGUAGAAAAUUGUAAAUUAUAGUUUGAGUAUGUUUUUGGAUCACCUUUUUCACAACUUGAAUUGAUCUGAACCAAAUAAUUUUCAUAAAGCUGUAAAUUUAUAUGAACAUUUGGAUCGCAUACUCUAUAACUUAAUAUUGCUUGUAGUAACUCACAUACAAAAGAUUUUGAGAUGGUUUUAGUAAAUUUUAAAAUUUAUCUCGCAAUAUCGAUUGAAAGAUAUCUGGGAAAAUUGAUUGCUGAUAGUUUAUCCAGAUACUACAAAUACAGCCAAUAACCAUAGCUAUUAAUGCGUUUUGAUCAGUUGAUUAUACUUGCUCGUGUUAAAAAUUGUCGUCCAGCUUUUAUAUUCAAUGUUUACAUGCUUAGAAAUAAAUUCGUGUGGCUGGAUAAAAUCAAAAAUUUAUGAUAAAAGUAUCAUCUCAGUAUUAAGACGCGAAACAACCAGUAAAGAAUUUACAUCUGAGUACUAAAGAGCAAAAUGUUGAUGUAUACCUGAAGAGGUGUUAGUUUAUUUUUAUGAAUGCGCCAUUUUACCAAAACAAUUACGAAAUGGCGUACACAUUGCAAUAUUAUUAGAGCUAGAUUGAUUAUUUAUAGAAAUUAUUAUAUUUAGAUAAAAAAUUGGGUAUCAUGCCAUUUUUGUAUAUUAUAUGGAAAAGAAUGAAGUUUUGUUGUGAAUAAAAAUUGGCAAAAAUUUGUAUUUAUGAGAACUUGUUCCAAAUUUCAAAUGGUGGACGUUCACGUUUAUAAAUUAUAACGAUCAAGGAUAUUUGCAAUCGGCUCCGGAAGUCUGAUGAUUUACCUUGCGCGAUAAACAAUUAUUGGUAGGAGCAAUUAAUGUCUUAUUUGCACCGAUUACCCAAUUAAUCUCAAAGCAGCGUAGUUAGAUAUUGUGAGUUAUUCAUGAUGAUACUUAUUAAAAAAAAAA